UAUAAUAUUGUCUAAUGUCUUCUACUUCCUACUUCUCGUUUCUGACGGUUUUUUGUUAAUGUGUAAAUAAAUAAGUGGAUUCUAGAGAGAUAUCGAAGACCUAACGUACAAGAAAAAUCUACGCCACGAUAACGUUGUUCUAACAAUAACUAAAAACGCAAUUAUUAUCAAGUAGGUUCAUAAAACUUGAUUAUUUUGUUUACAAAACAUGGCUUCAGAAAAGGAUCCCCUUGUUAGCGAGCGAUCAGGAACGGUUCGCGAAGUUGGAAAUCAUGCAAUAUGGAGCUUAUCAUCUUGCAAGCCAGGAUUCGGUAUCGAUCAGUUAAGAGAUGACUGCAUGGACACGUACUGGCAGUCUGAUGGACAACUGCCACACUUGGUCAACAUUCAAUUUCAAAGGAAAACAAUGGUUUCCCACAUCUACAUUUACACAGACUAUAAACUGGAUGAAAGCUACACACCAAGUAGAAUAUCUAUUCGAGCUGGCACACAUUUCAAUGAUUUGCAAGAAAUAGAAGUUAUUGAAUUGAUUGAACCUAGUGGGUGGGAAAUGAUCCCAAUUAAAGAUAUCCAUGACAGGCCUAUCAGGACUUACAUGAUACAAAUAGCAGUACUCAGCAAUCAUCAGAAUGGACGAGAUACACAUAUGCGCCAAAUAAAAAUACAUUCUCCUUGUGAACCAACAUCAUUUGAUAUCAAUAAAUUUAGGAAUUUUUCUACUGUACAAUUUCAGCAAUAUGCUACUAUUCGUUAAAUUAGAUUAUGAUUGGAGAUGCUGCAACAUGAACAGGUUUAUUAUGGUUAGGAAUAAGGUUUGCAUGUUGACCAUUAUCAACAUUAACAAAUAAAUGUGUCUGAUGCUUAUUUUAAUAUUCUUGCUGUAGUAUAUAAAUGUAAAAGGAAAAUUCAUGCCAAAUAAAAAUAUAUGAGAAAAA